UAAGUAGAAGAAGAAGAUGAGUGUAAACGAUUUUUGCCGGUGUUGUCAAAAGAAUUUAAGGAUUCACGGAUUACUUUCCAAUUCGAUCCUCAUUUUUGAGAGAAACUUUAAAGGUGAACGCAUAUACGAACAAGUUCUCCGUUUAGGAUUACAACUCCACAAAACAGCACAAAAAUCGCUUCGCAUUUGUCGGUCCUGUCAUAACUUAAUAACACGGUUGGAACGCGACGUGCCCGUUUUAAAUAAAUGGAAAGACGACGAAGGAGACCAGGCUGAAGAAGCGAGUUCAUCUCAGGCAUCAGAGAAAAGAGACCGGGAGCCUACUCCCUCCAAGACGCCCAGGGCUCUGAAGAAGUUCUGCUCCACUCCGUCAACUUCAACCAGUACAAAACCGCGAAGAAGCAUUACAGAGGUUGUCACCCAUUACCAGUCACAGACUGUUGGCAAGGUAUGCCAUCAUGAAGAUGCCUCAAUCGUGAACAGCAUCAAAAACCAAAAAUGGACAACAGCUGCAAAGUUCAUUUUGAAGCAUAAACACCUAGUUGAGGAAAUAAAGGUGCACAUUCUGAAGCUUAUAAGCAACGAGUGCAAACAGAUCUGUGAUCCAACCAACGGAUUCAUCCUGUGGAAGUCAUCUCCAGCUGAUCUGAAAGCGUUUUCAUUUUCCAGCUUAGAGGCAGACCUAAAGUGUUUUUCACCAUUCUUUUUCUCAGUUCUUACAACUGCUACCAACCACUCUCAAACUGCAACUUGUGCAGCAGCGUCCAUUGCUUUGAGGGGAAGAGAAGCACGCCUGUCAGCCUUUGCAUACUACCUAAAUAGUAUUCUACAUUAUGGUGGGGCGAAAAAAGCAGUGUUUGAAAGGCUGAGCAAAAUGGGAAUAACAACCACUCACAAAAAUUCUGUGGAGAAGCAGAAGGAGUUAGCACUCCUAUGUGGGGACUCUCUAAAAAUGUUAAAGGUCCAGAAUGAAGUUUUCCUGAACUCUGAAGCAGAAGGAAACAUUGAUGUUGGUCAGAGAGUUGUCACCACCGAAGACCAAAGCACCAGGGAUCCGAAGGGGCCACUUAAUACAGUCCAUAAAAGCAUGGAAGAGCUUCCCUUGUCUGGUGAUAUAACAAUUGACCGAUAUAUAGAAACUCAACAAACACAUCAAAUGCGGAAAAAAACCCACAUCAAAUGCUGUGUCAUCUUAAAUUCCAGCCACCACAGCAACAAAUCCAUACACUGGAUUCACCAUAUUGCAGUCCAAGAUAGAGUCAGAACAUAUCACCUGAGCAAUGACAGACCGGACUAUGACAUCCUUCAAUACAACCUUUGCGACUCACUCCCGGGACCAGAAAUCCAGGACCAUAUGCGACGCGAGUUCAUUGUACUUGGUAGCCGCAUCCUUACCCAGUACCUGGCUGUUUUUAAACCCUUUAAGAAAGUAGUGGUUCACCACAUGCCACAUCAAUAUACGGAGGACAUGGCUAAGUGCUCCACUGAUUACCCACUGGGACUGCUCUUUAAAGAUGAGAACAAAACGUCUGAUUUGGUGGACACACUUCGCCACCUUCAGAAAGAGUAA